AGUUGAUCACCACUGACAGAUCAUAUGGGACUAGGACGUCGACUGUCGGCUGACUUCAGACAGUUGCGACUUAUGAGAGAUAUAAAAAUAUAUUUACAACAACAAAAUGGCAUCGAUCGCUCGUAUCGGUAUCGCGAAACUCGGAUACAAUAAUCUUACUAGACAAUUAUGUAAGGUAACAGCCACCAACAAUGUAAUGCAGUUAGCAUUCAUCUCACAUAAGUCGAAACGAGUUGAUCGACGACGAGUUCCACCGUUCGAUUACUUGAACAAAGAAUAUGGUUUUUGGGCUCAGCUUUUUGAUCCAAUGGUGGAUCGAUGCUCCGACGAAAACUCCAAGGUAAUCGUCGUUGAAGGUCCGAUCGCUGCAGGAAAGUCUAAAGUGGCCGCCAAAUUAGCAGAGGAGUUUGAAAUGAUCUAUUUGCCACCACCAACCUUUGAUGAAUUUUACAUAACUGAAUAUGGAUACGAUUUGCGUUCGCUAGAUGACAGAUUAUCUCCAUCAUCUCAAUCGUGUGAUGUAGAAAAAUUCCUGACUGAUCCGCACCAUCCCAAUGUGACCAUGUUUCAAUUCCACUAUUUCCAAUUCAAGUUUGAUCAGUACAUUACUGCUCUGUUGCACUUGUUGUCGACUGGCCAAGGAGUGGUGCUCAAUCGUUCUUUCUACAGUGAUUACAUAUUCGCAACAGCGAUGACAAAUGCCGGUUAUAUGCGUCCACAGGCAUUGAAAUUUUACACCGACGUCGUAGACGUCGCGAAAUUAAUGAUGCUGAGACCUCACUUAAUUGUUUAUUUGGAUGUACCCGUUGAUGCAGUCAAGGAAAAAAUAAAGAAACAGAAUAUACCGUACGAAGUAAAUUCAAAAGUUCUCACAUCAAAGUAUCUUCAAGAUAUCGAAAAUUUAUAUAAGUUGGAUUAUUUUAAAAAUAUUGUCUCACAUUCUCAUGUACUAGUCUAUGAUUGGACGAACGAAGGAGACAUUUCUACUAUUGUUGAGGACAUCGAGUUUUUGAAUUUUGAUUAUGAUAAAAAAGCUAAGAAAAUGGCAGAUUGGAGAUUUGAAAAUGUUCAGGAACUACGAACUAAGAGACAGUUGUAUAUAGAUCGGUAUUUCCUGCAUUGCGAUUAUAUGAGAAACGAAUUUACAGUACCAGAAAUGUAUUAUACAGCUGAGCAAGAUGAGGAAAGAUUUAAAAUACUGCAACUGGUACCUGGACGUGAAUUUGCUAAAGGAUACAAUCCUACUCUAGAUAAAAAUAUUCUGUGGAAAAGAGAGAAAAAGUCUCUUAUUGAAACGAUGAGACCCCAUGCGCGCGAAUUAGAAGUAAUAAAAGAAGAAAUGAAAAAACUUAAGGCUGCAGCAAUGCAGUAAGAACGAGAUAUAUACAGGAAAAGUAGAGCUUGUAAACAGUAAUUAAGAUCAUUCUGCAUUUUCGUGAGCGCAUCAGCUUCGAGUGGAUUCUGAUACUUGGCUAGAUACGUGUUGAUCUGUGGAAAGUCAGCAGUAGCCUCUUUGAGUGAAGGCCAUGAUGAUGGCGAAUUUUUCACCGCGAACUCAUCCAUCACCUUCGUGAUCAAAGUAUGCGCCACUCUCCUGGGGUAUUCGUGAUCCGAGAUGAGUACUGCGGCAAGAUUAUCGGCGCGCACAUAUACAUGGCACAUGUAUUCUGUGGAACAUCAUAGUGUAUAGUGUAUGUUAUAACAUUAUACUUACAACUACAUAAAAAAUUUAUUCUUAGUUUUAUA